AUGGGAGAUUUAAACAAUUAUGUACAACCAUUAAUUUCCAUAUUUGAUGACCAUUAUGAUCAUUGGAUAAAGUUGAUGGAAAAUUUUCUUCAGUUCAAGGAGGUUUGGUAUUUGGUGGACCACGGUGUUAUGGAUGUUUCUACCGAGAUCAAUGCAAUAGAAACUAAAACUAAAUUAAUGAAGGAGCAAAAGUUGAAGGACUUGAAGAUAAAGAAUUAUCUAUAUCAAGCAAUUGAUAGAGAAAUUCUGAACAUUAUUAUGAAUGAUGAGACAUCCAAAGAUAUAUGGGAUUUAAUGAAGCAAAAAUUUCAAGGAUCAGCCCGGGUAAAACAUGCACAAUUGCAAGCUCUGCGCAAGGAUUUUGAGCUCCUACAAAUGAAGGAUGGAGAAUCUGUGAAUUCAUACUUUGCCCGAACUUUGAAGAUUACUAAGAGCAUGAAAGCAUGCAGUGAAAAUAUGCAAGAAAAUGUUAUUACUGCAAAAAUUCUAUGGUUAAUGACAAUGAAAUUCAAUUAUGUAGUAUGUUCUAUUGAAAAAUCCACCAACAUGGAAGCCAUGACAAUUGAUGAACUUCAAAGUAGUCUCCUCGUUCAUGAACAACGAAUGAUGUUGGUUGUAGAUGAAAAGCAGGUGAUGCAGGCUGUGACAUAUGAGAAAAGUGAGAGAGAUAGAGGAAGAGGUAGAGGUUCCUUCCGAGGAAGAGGUAGAGGAAGAAAAUCAUUCAACAAAGCAGAAGUUGAAUGCUUCACAUGUCAUAAACUAGGAUACUUUCAAUAUGAAUAUCCUUAG